CCGAGUCUCUCUCAACCUCUCUCAACCCCUCUUUUCAGAUGGGUACGGCGAAGAGACGCCUACUUUCCAAGCUAAUUGAUUCUCCAACCACUGGCUUAAGCUUGUACAAUGUAGUACUUGGCUUGUACAUGCGGCUCCAAAAGCAUCACAUCGAAACUGCCAGAUUUCCUUCAAUUCUGCCCUUUUCGUUCUCACUCUCCUUUAUACAGUGGUCAAUCGUUUACCUUUUUGCAGUGCAGCCUGAAUCGCGUUACAUUGUCAUAGUUUGAGUGUACCGUUGAUAAUCGGUGUUUUGAAGCCUGUGGUAGCUUAAUCUUGAUACCCUUGAAUCUGAGGCCUCCAAUAGUGUA